GAUAGUACGAUAUCGCAAAAGCAACCGCAUAGUUGCGACGAUGCAGACAAAGCAACUCUUCCCGGCAAGAUGAGACACCUAUUGAACAUGGUCCUGCUUUAGUCCUUACUCUGUCUGGAUGUCUUCAUUCUUCCAAAAUCUCAGUGCGGCUUUUGCCUCCUUCAACUCAUCGCCGCUUCGUCCUCGAAGUGACGAUCCUCAACGGCCGCUAGACCGACACCGCCGCAGUUCGCUCUCAAAGCAGCGCGCCCAUUCUCCCUCCCCACAUCGUCGUUCCCCGCCAUCACCAACUGCUGGAUCUCGCCGGCGUAUACCGAGAGCGAAGAACGAGUUCUCUUUGGGCCUGGAAGACAACGAUCAUUCCCGAGCUGAUCUCGGCUUUGAAUUCCCACGCGAUAUCGCUGCUUCGCAGAUUACUCAGAGUUAUGCCAACGAACUUUUAUUUACGCCUGGAUCUGCACGCCCCCGUGGACAAUUACGGUAUCUGCCCUCGCCCUCUGUCGUAGGCUCUAGUGCCUGGCCGGGCGACCCUUCGCAGAUGAUGAACAAGGAUAGGGAGGAUGAGGCUCGACUGCUUCCAGGCGCCACUUUUCGGCCUCAAGGUGCAUUUGAGAUAAGACCGGGAGCAAUUCGAGCAAUGAGGAAAAAGCCCGGUGCUUCUGCAGCGUUUCAGCCCACAGACAGGAUAUCUCAUGCGCGCCAGAGCGGACCAAUCCGCGCGUCGGGAAAGACUAAGAAUGGGGAUGCAUUCGUCAACAUGACUUACCGGCAAUUAGAAGAUGCACAUGACUUUCAGGACUCUGACCGGCCGAAUAAGCGGCGGCGUCAUGAGGGCUCGAGACUAGUUGAUCUAACCCACGAGGAUCAGGCUGGCUCGGUCACUUCUGAGAUCUCCGCUUCUGGGCGUCGGUCAUCCCGACUUUCUCCAGGCUCGAAUCUAUCCAUAUCGAAUCCUAGGAAUAGGGCCCGUGCUCCCUUCGUCUCUGAAUAUAGGGGGGUGGAGGCCAUGCUUGAACGGACACACCACCCUCGCCCGACAGAUCGUCGGACAUCUAACGCUAGCUCUGCAGACGAAUUAUUCACCUGGGAAGCUGCUGCGGAGCGGCGCUCCUCGGGCACUGCUGUCGAAAAGGCCGACAAGCAUCAUACGCAACCCUCUCUUGACUCGCCUAAACUAAAACGCGCUCCACUCUGGACUAUCGAGAUUCCAGAUCCAGAAGAGAAUCAUUCAGAGGAAGCCCGCCCUCAGACCGACGCGCAACCCUUGACUCCAUCGAGAAGGCCGCCGGCCGCCUCAGACCCUGGUGACAGCCCGGAUGAACUGCAGGGUGAGGUGACGACUAGGCCGCCUCCAAAGCAUCUUGCAGAGAAAGGUCUUCAGAAUUGCCGCCAAUCAACCCCAGAGGACACUGUGCUAUCUCCCCCGCGCAAACGCUCACCCUCCGAUAUUGAGCCGACCCGGUUCGAUUCACCACGAAAAAAGAAAAAAGCCAAGCGCGGGCAGCCAAACCCGGAAUACCGCAAUCUUCCCAUUCAGUCUAUUCGGUUUGGUCCUAUUCAUAAGCUCGUUAAGGACGGGGAAAAGGCUGUCAUACAAUUGUCUCCUGACAAAAUUUUGCUGGGAAAAGACAUCACUGGUGAUAGACCGGAAGGGGUUCUUUUCCGCCAUGUGAGGGUCACUUACCAAGCAGAGAACAGUCAGAAAGUGCGCUUGCAGUUGAACGGCUAUCAGGGAGCUCCAGGCUCUAAAUUCGAUAUUCACUUCACUUUGAGGAGCAGCAAGGACGCGUUAGUUGAGCGUAUAAGAGAAGGCGGUGGCAAGGUUCAAGACAAGGACUCGAAAUGGAUCGACGACGCUUUUUCUACAUAUGACAAUGAAAUGUGCCACCGUCGGAUUCCCCCGAGGUCUCCUUUGCAAGAAAUUACCGAACUGGAGCCAAAAACGCCGGCGUCUACCUCUGUCCAUCAAAUGAAAGGCAAAAAGCUCUCUUCGCUGUUGGAAGGCUCUGCCAGCGAGUCCGAUGGGCAAGCUCAAGACCAAAAGAAGGGCAAACCUGAGGAGGGUUCCAAGCUCAUGAGCAGCGUCGAACUCUCCCGAGGAACAACAAAGGACAAGCCGAAAACCACGGACGUGGAAGUCGAAAUUCCGGUAAAGAAGAUUAAAUCGAAAGAAUCUGGCGAAUCCGAGACGCGACGGUCAACAAGAACUACGACGCGACGGAAGGAGAGAUCGGAUGAUGACGACCCGUCGACAAAUAAACCCGAUACCGCGUUGCAGAACGAUUCAUUCCGAGAUAACUGGAAAAAGCCCUUGGUUUACCCCAAGGUUGGAAAGAAAAAAGAGGAAGUCAGCGUCGACGACCGUGACCGGCUGCGUGAGAACGAGUUCCUGAAUGAUAACCUGAUCGCCUUCUACAUUCGCUUCUUGCAAGACCAUCUCGAACGUACCAAUCCUGACGUCGCGAAACGGGUGUACUUUUUCAAUACCUACUUCUUUGCCACGCUUACAAACAAGGGUUCUCGCGAGAUCAAUUACGAGGGUGUGGAAAAGUGGACGAGGGCCGUUGAUCUGUUCAAUUACGACUAUAUCGUUGUCCCUAUCAACCAGAAUGCGCAUUGGUACGUCGCGAUCAUUUGCAACCUGCCCAGUCUCGGGCUGGGCCCUGUAAAGAGUUUGGGGACCUCCUCCGCACCACUCAGUGACAAGGAGUCUUUAGCUCGACCAGAAAAGGAAGUGCAGGAGCUCCUCGAAUCACCCGAGCCUGAAACAGUGCCUUCCCCGGGCAGACUUUCCAAAAAAGCCCCAGCGGAGGAACGAAAACCAGAUUUCGUGUCUCCCCCGUCGGAAGAGACCCGGAAAUCCUUUGCCUCUAUGACUCUUAUAGAAAGAAAGAAUGCGCUCGCCCAGACAGUAGUCCAACAGGGUCUGUCUUCGACAGCCGAAGCUGGACAAGAUCUCGAAGAAGCCUCUGCUUCUCAGGCCGCGAAACAGACCGUCCGUCAGGACGGCCCCGCCUCUGGGCAAAUUGGCAAGGCCAAGCCCAAGAAGAAGCGAGGUGGAGUCAAGUUGGAACCUGACCAGACAGCCAUCGUCACCUUUGACUCUCUCGACGCCAACCGUUCGCCCACGGUAAAGGUCUUGCGUGAGUACAUCUGCAAAGAGGCGGACUCGAAGCGAAAGGUGGAAAUCAAGAACCCAUCAUCGGUGAUCAAGGGCAUGCGUGCGCAAAAUAUUCCCCUGCAGCCUAACUAUUCGGACUGCGGAUUGUAUCUGCUGGCAUACAUGGAGUGCUUCGUGCGCAAUCCCGAUGAGUUUAUUACGAAGGUCCUUCGAAGAGAGAUGAACGUGGAUGAGGACUGGCCUCCUCUCGGGUCUGGGCUUCUUCGUUUACGCAUGAGGAAUUUCCUUGAUCAGCUGUAUCAAGAACAGUGGAGUGAUAAAAAGGAGGAUCUCAUGGUGGAUCGACAGCCUAUCUCGUUUUUACUGGGGCCGCCCAAGGCACCUCGGGAGGAUGACCAUGAAGAUACCAAGGCGGUUGAGAAGGAAGGGCCUACUUCAUCUUUGAAAGUAAACAAGGCUAUCGGGGAGGGACGAGUGCAUGACCAGUCUCUACAAGAAGUCGAGGCGAGCGACAAUGAGGCUACGGACAUGCCUGUCUUGGUGCCCACGGCCGCAAUACCCGUUCAGAAACCAAUCAAGCGGACGCUCAAGCCAUCUACACCUGAACCAGCUCGGUCUCGUCCUCCUCUCAACGAAAUUGAAGUUGAAACGAUACCUGACAGCCAGGAGAUGGCUGCAUCUUCCAUCCCAGAACCAAAGCCCGGCCGCACGGAGAAGAAGAAGUUUAAACAGGCCAAGGCGGAUAUUUCAAGCAAUGAACGCGAGCGCAAUCGGCCUACUACUCCGGAAAACAGUAGUGCACGAGGCCUCGAUCUGGCCCUUGAGGAAUCGGCCUCGUUCCCCCGAGUUGAAAUUCAAGUUCCGCAAACACCCCCGCGAAAGGACUUGAAACAACUGCGACAUAGCCCGCGAGGCCUGACUCGCAAGAGGUGAAAUGGAUUCACAGUUUUAUCUUACCCCCUCGUUACCCUCAGCACCUUUCUAGCAUUAUCAAUUAUUUAGCAUUGUGGUCCGUGUGGUGUUAACCCAAAGCAUAGUCCAGGUUGGCCUGGUGGUUCUUCUGUUUCCGUUUCCUUGUACUAUUUCUUUGUGUGUAUUAUUUCCCUCUUUCGUUCUGGUUUUGCAUGUUGAAUAGCUUUUCAGUGUGGGAUAGAGGCGUCGAACGAGCCAAGAAGACCUAUAAUCCGUUUUUCUCUUUGCCAUGAAUACAUGAACUAGAUAUCUACGUCUGCA